AUGGUUAAAGUGACUUUGGUUGACGAAGAGGUUAUUGAGGUUCCCUCUACCGAGGAAAAGAUCAUCGAAGAAAACGAUGCUGACUUUACCGACACCGAUAGCGAAGUAUCUGACGACGAAUAUGACGACGAUGAUAUAGAGAAUGAGACAAUCAUGGAGCGUAUUGUUGCCCUUAAAGACGUUAUUGCUCCUCAAUACAGAAACAGCAUUGCUUCUACCGCUAGUUCUAUUUAUAAUGGUAUUUCUUCCUCUUUUCUUUUCGGAGGUAAGGCUCUCUGGGUCAUUACUACCUCGUCUUUGCUUUUGGGUGUCCCCCUAUCUUUGUCGAUUAUCAGUGAACAACAACUAAUUGAAAUGGAAAAGGAAAUGAAGCUAUCACAAUCUACCAACGAAGUCCUUGCUCCUGGAGCUGAACAAGGUUUCCAGGCCCCUCCUGCCCAACAAUAA